UUAGUAUUGCAUGCCUUAACAGGGUGAAAGGACUGGACUGAAAAUGAGUAAAAUGUCCAAAGAAAAACUUUAAAAGAGUUUCAGAAAACCUGUCUUUGAAUUAAAAAUCACAACGACGCUGGGCUUCAAAAUAUGUUUUUAUGUAUCAGCUGUUUGUAGUUCUGUUCAGAAUGCAGUGAAAGUAUCCAUUUUAUUUUAUUUUUUUUUUCAUUUUUAGUGGGGGGUUUUCUUGGUAUAUGAACAGCCUUUGCACACCGUUCUCUUUCCCCUCCCUCUGAACUCUACAGCCUGGCGCAUUGAAAGCUGACCGUCUUUUGUAUAAGGAAGGGUUUUAAAGCCAUAUGCCUAAAAGCUUCUUUUUUUCCCCUGCAACUUUGACUCAGCAAAGUUUAGAGGCCUGAGGCGGACUCACGGUUAAUGAAGUCCAACAUGGCUGGAAUUUCAUGCAAAAGGGCAACAAAGAGAAAGAUGUCUGCUAGUGCUAAGGCUGCAGAACCCGUGUCCAGGUCCUCCAAAGUCACCUUUCUGAGCCCGUCUCUCCUCCUCUUGGAAAUCCCUGCUGACGCCGACACCAGCCUCCCAGUGUGGGAGGCCAUGAGAGCCGAGCAAGCUGACAUCACCUGGACCGUCAAGCCCUAUGGCCUCAGCAUUAAUAUAACACCUCUCACCUCUAAGAAAGGAAAGCAUUCUGCUCCCAGCAAGAGUGAAAGCACUUCCAGCAUGGUGCAGACUGCAGGGCUGUCUUCCAGCAUCCUGCAACCUCAGAUCCGCAUUCAGCCCAUCACUCAGCAGCAUGUUGCAUCGCAGAGCAGCUCCUGUGUGCUGCUUACCUUCCCCCAAAACACACAGUCUGUGUCACACCGUCCAAGUCCUAUUCCAGCCACUUCACUUAUUGUCUCCUUGCCGGUCAUUAUCGCCCAGGCCCAGCAUACCAGUCAGCCUACCGCUCCUGCCAACAAAGGGUCCAUAUCCUCCACCCAAACGCCAAGUGGAACCCCUACCAAGCAAACCACCGAAACCCCAUCUAAAGUGCCUGUCUCAUUUCACACAAAAGGCUGCUCUACCAUCCAAAUCUGUGACGACUUCCUCCUUGGUUUGUGUUCUGCAGGGGAGAAGUGUAAGAUGCACCACACUCCCUAUCCCUUUCACUGGCAGCUGUGGUGUGUUCCCAACCACCAGUGGGUGGACAUUUCUCCUUGCUCUCAGGUCUUGCUGGAGAGGAUGUACUGCGACGUCAAUAAGGAUGCCAUUUGCCUCAAAAAUGGGAAUGCACGCUACACUUUGAAAUUUGACUCAAUGGAACUGGAUGACUCUUCGGUGUAUGAUGGAGUCAGGCGACUAUCUAACACUAACUGUAAGAUCAAGAACCCUCAUUUUGCCAGCCAAUUGAAAAUCUACUGGUGGAACAUCAGUUGGCAAGAGUACAACACGAGCUUGUCCGCUACAUUGCUAAAAAAGAUGAGCGAGGAGGAGUCAGAGUGUUUCUUCAGUGUCGGCUCACAGAAGUACAAGGUGGACUUCACUACCAUGACCCAGACCAAUGUCGCCACUGGGUUCCAGAGAGGCGUUCGCUGCAGACCCGCCUACCGCUCUUUGGAUUCUAUGAAACCGUACUUGCAGACAGGAGUCCUGCCUGACUCAGCGGAACCUCACAGUAAUCCUCCUGAGGCCAACUUUAGUGUAGAUCCUCUGGAGGAGUUCAGUUCCUGGUACCCUCCAGUGUGGUGUUGGGCUUCAGAGCAGGAUUACAGUCUAGUGGAUGUUCCUACAGGCACUCUGGCCUAUAAACGGGUUCAAGAAUUCUUCAAUGAGAGCAUGCCUGAGACAAAGGUGGACAUCAUCAGCAUCCAGCAGAUCCAGAACCUAUUCCACUGGGACAAGUACCAAAGGCAAAAGCUACACAUGCAGAAGCAGCGUGGAAAGGCCACCGGGAGUUUAGAGCGACAUCUCUUCCAUGGGACCGCCAAAGAGGCCUCAGAGGAGAUCUGCACCAGCAACUUUGACCCUCGAGUGGCCGGGGUUAACGGAGCUUCCCAUGGUCAUGGCACAUACUUUGCCACUGCUGCCUCCCUUUCCCACAUGUUCUCAGCCCAGUUCGGGCCAGAUGAAGUUUGCCACAUGUUCCUUGCCAAAGUCCUGGUGGGGAAGGUGACUGUGGGUAGGAGCCACUACCGCCGUCCACCUAAGCUCACCUUCAAGAAGAAGCAGCAUCGUCUGUAUGACGCCUGUGUUGACAGCGUGAACCUUCCCACCAUGUUUGUUGUUUUUGAUAGCUGUCAGUGCUACCCAUACUACCUAAUCAAAUAUAAAAACCUACCCAAAGAGAUAGAUAUUUAAUGAGGAUGAGGACAGGGGCCUCAGCCGCUAAAUGUUCAACAAAAAUCGUGUUCCAGUUGCAAGAAAACCUAAAGUGUUAACGAAUCCAGUAUAUAUUGUUAUCAAAUGCUCAGUUUAGUUUGAUAAAAUAUGCCAUACUCAGAUUGUUUACAGUGAAGUUCUUGACAAUAGUGAAGACAGUGUUAAAAUGACAACAUAUUCUGUAUCACUUAAUUUUUCAAAAUGCCUUUAUUUUUGUUAUUUGAAGAUUUUACAAUAAACACUUUUUUCCUUUUUUUUCUGUUCAAUGAUAUUCAUUUCUGUUAUGUUUAUAAACACUAAAUACAUUCACCUCAGUAUAAUAAAACAAAAACAUGUUUGAUCAACUGCUGGUAUAUUUUCAUACAGCCAAAUGAGCUGACUGCGUGUUCCAAAGGUCAGACUGGAAUGUGUUUCAUCAAAGACUUCUUUAGUAAAAGUAUAUACAGAAUAUUUUUCUUCAGAAUGUAAUUGCACACUUCCUUGAACAGGAAACAAUGGGAAAAUUCUAUUAAUUUAGCAUGAAAAAAUCAUGGUUCUUUGAAGGAUCCAGAUCAAACUGUUUUAAAAGUAUCUGACACUGCUGGCCAUAAAAAAUGUUCCCAGUUCAGUCCAUCUAAGAACAAACUACAUUGAACAGAUAA